AUGCGUUUCAUUGUUUCAACCCAAGUUGUCAUUCUGCUUUUGCUGUCGCUGGUAUACGGGCACCCGAAUAUUUCCCAGAAACGCAUCACCACCACCAAUGCCGUGCCCUCUCCCCCAGAGCCCGAGACUAUUGAUGUGAUCGAACUCCCCCUUCCGCCCGUCACUGCGAACGAGAGUACCGGGGGGUGUUCUUACGCCGUCAAUCCGCAUGGAACCGGGUGUAUCAGCGCUUCGUGGACCACUUCCAACUUCCAGAGCGGGAACUUUCUCCCUGAUGGGAAGCAUGUCACAGCCUCAGUGGUUUUUACAGGGGCACCGGCUUCCCCGGAUUCACGCAGUAUCUAUAGCGGCCUACAGUUGAUUAUUGUCAAAGCCGAUGGGACGCUCUUCCCCAACGGCGAUGCCUUCAAAUGCAUCACCUGCGGCAUACCAGCCAAGAAUCGGUUUAAUUUAACUGAUGCUACCGAUUACCAAUACCCGCAGGCCUUCACAGAUGGAACUCGCAUUCUGGCCGGCUCAUAUAUUAUUUCCUGUGGCACUCACCAGCUGGAAAGUCCCGCAUGCACUCCCGAGCACGUGUAUAUAUAUCCACUGCGAUGGACAGUCACCUCGGACGGAUCCGGCGCUGGCGGAACUAUGCGCGAGCUACGUAAACAUCCCGACGACGUGCACAUCAGCUUCAACGCAAUUUCGGUAUCUGGAGGCAUCAUAGAUGAGCAUGCUUACUUUGCCCGGCUGCGCUUCAACACUUCGCCCACAACCGGAACCCCAGGCACCCCUCGAUACGACCUGGUCAACGUCACCCGACUUUUAGAUCCAACAGGCUCCUCGAUGCUCUCCGCCGAUGGCAGCAACCUUACUAUCAAUGCACAGGCUAUCGUGGUGGGGGAGGCCAGGGGCUUUAAUGGACUGGGCAAUCGUCUAGACUACAUCGGAUUGAACCGAGAGUCUUGCAAUAUUGAUAUCAACGGCGUCGACCUGGAAACUGGCGAGGUGACCCGAGUGACCAGUGACCCUGAGUACGUCGACCCCAUCGAUCCCUCGUCCGACGGCAAGUGGACUGUCAUCAUGGACACUACCACGGAGAACCGGAUGAUGUUUCUGGCAGGCAUGCGAGGCAUUCCCCCUCUAGUUGACCAGCUGAUCACGGGGGCCGUCUCGUCUAUCCGUAAUAAUGGGGUGCGCCGGUUUUUCCAGCCGUGGCUUAUCGACCGCUAUGGUGCGCGCUACUACGAUGAUAAAACUCGCUACUAUCAAGGGCAGCAGCUCAAUGCCGCGGGUGACGGGAGCGAUGGCAGCAUCAACGACCCCAAUUGGAAUGGAGGAGCAGAUCCAAGAUGGUCCUUGGACGGCACGAAAAUCGCCUACUUCCAGAUGUUAGUCACUGCGCCCAACUGUGGCGGUUCUAACCCACUGCCCUGUCCCAAAUCGACUGCGCAAGGCGGCCGUACCUUCCGUCUCAUGCUCGCCACUCUUACAAGCCGGAAACCCUUGAAGUGGAUCACCCCAUCUCCUGUCUCCGAUACAAUCCCCUGGGGUCAGCCGUAUGUUCCCGGCCGCGCCCUGCCGUCCACAUCGAGUCCAUUGAUUGGCAACUACACUCUUACUGGCCAGGUUCAAGGGCACGCCGAUGUGGCUUUUAUUGGAGUGAAUGCUAGUAGCACCACUCUCCGAACCGUCGCAGUCACUUACCACAACUACUCCGACGACGGAAAUAAUUUCAUUUUCGGCACUGAGCAGGUCACCGCGACCUACCCUAAUCUGACUUUGAUCCAUGUCGACUGGUAUUCUAACCUGCGUUCAACAGGCAUCAAUGGGAAGAGUACCAAGAUGACGAGCUCGGAUGGAUUCCAUUUUGAAAUUGACGUGUAUAACAAUAAGUUCUAUGCAAAUGGCACGUUGGCGACGACUGUGAACGGGACGGUGUAUCGCCAGCCUGUCAAUGGAGGCUGA